ACCUUGUUUUCCACUAUCUUAGUUGGAUAAAUAAUCAUGAUAUUGUUGCUUUUAGCAGGGCUGUUUGUAACGAGAAGUGAUUGUCAGAGUUCAUCUCAAUAUACAGAGUGGCCUAGUGGCAGUUAUGGUCUCCCUUCGCCAAAAACAGGAUGCCCGAGUACGGCAAAGAGCGUAUGGAAAACUGGCUGGAGAUUACAAGAUAUGGAAGACUCGCCAUCCCGCACACGGUCCAGAGUAUCUGCAGGAUCACAUAUGCUCGUUAAAUUUAUUGGAGAUAAAAAGGAUAUAAAGAGAACAUUCUGCAUGAAAGCAAAGACUGGAACACCAAAAAGAAACUGGCCAAAAGGUAGUUAUUGUAUUUACAAAAAAGGCUCAUCGUGUCCGGAGGGUAUGGACGACGGUUGGAUUUACUGGGAUGAUGAAGAUUACAGAAAUGGAAAUAGUCAUGGUGGAUCACUGCCGUUUGGUUCCUAUGACGGAAAUACAAAAAUUUAUUAUUGUUGUCAAACGAAGGGUCAAUGGUAUAAUUCAAUUGAGCUGCCAGUUAGUCAACCAUUUUACUUACUUACAUCCAGCUCUACUGCCAACCCCGUGUGUCAGAUGGUCAAGUGGGCAUUUAGUUACUUGGAGUAUAUCGUAUUUGAUACAAAUCAUCAGAACAAUGCGGACAAUGCAGGAGGAAAACAUGCGUUCCGGAAAUAUAGACAAAAAAUAUACUAUUGUUAUUAUGAAGAUUGUCGUCGUUAUUUGACUGACCCCAAGAUUCCUAGCGAUUCAUUUCAAUCACAUUCAGCACCAGUAACCAAGUUUGACAAACGCUCACAAUAUUGCUCCUGGUUAAUAACGAUUCUUGAUACAUACAUUAUAUCAUUAAACUUUAAAGAAAUAACCAUACCAAGUUGUGAUGGUACAUUUCUGAGAGUGUACGAUGGUAAGAACGACACAGCUCCGUUAAUUGGAACAUACUGUGGUUCAAACGCAACAAUAGAACUGAAGAUAAAGUCGUCAGCAAAUAAUUUAUUCAUCGUGUCCAAUUCUGGAAAUCCGUGGAAUAACAAUGGUUUCAAAUUUGACGCCCAAUACAAUGCUGAACACAUGACAGGGUGUCGUGAUGAAAUUAUUGGAAUGGCUGAUUAUAUAAGAUCACCGGAGAUUAAUGCCCCCGAACACUAUCCCCGCUAUUCCAAUUGUUCCUGGUUGGUUACUGUUGACGAGGCGUAUUUAGUAAACUUAAAAUCUACUUCGAUAAGUAUUAAAGAUGAUGAUUUCAUCAAAGUUUAUGAUGGUAGUAAUGAGAAUACACCGGAGCUUAUUCGCUAUCCAAACUCCAAUGAUACCAUCAAGAAUGGCACUCUUGUAUCAUCCUCAAAUGUGAUCUACAUUGUAUUAACCUUCGGAGAAUCCUCCACUCAUAGCACUCAGUUUAUUUUUCACUACGCUCGACAACUUAAACCAACAGAAAAGAUCACGAAAUUUGAACUAACACGUACGUCUCAUAUUUCCAAUGUGACCACACAAACACCUGACAGAGAUUUGGCAAAGCAAAAUGAAGACAACCAGACUACUUAUAUCAUCGUUGCUAUUGUUGUCAGCGUGAUUUUUAUAUUAUUGUUGGUUGGCCUCUUCGUCUUUCUCAGAAGGAGAAAGAAAAAUGCUGAGACAUCAGGUGAAUUGCAUAUGAAUCGAGCGUACAGCUUGAGGACGAAUGUUUCAACAAAUGAUGAGGAUUCAGUGCAUUAUGCUAAUCCUUCACCACAAGAGAGAAUUUGGAUUGGAAGUUCCCGCAAAGUCUGUAAGGAGAGUAAAAAUCCCAUUUACGAAGCAGCAGAAGGGCAAGAACCUGUUGCUCUGUAUUGUUCAGUGGAUGCUACGAACGAACCGCUGGUCAAAAAUGGAGCCGGUGCAGCUCAAAGUAAUAAUCCGUUGUAUGAUGUGGGUGGCGUGACAUUAGUUUCACAUGAAUAUGCCGAGCCGAACGAGCAGAAAAAGGGGAUAGUUUACGACGAGCCUCGAGUUUAGUAUCAUUCCACGGAGCCUCUCAGUUCAAGAAGGUACAGUUUUUGUCAGGUAUUGGAGUCAAACAUAAUUGAGCAUGUCAUUUGAAGUAAUGUAGUAUUUUACCACGUAAAACGCAGUACACAGGUGAAGACGCAUAUGAUAUAUGUUUUCCCGGUUGUUUUAAACUGAACUAAAAACUAUAUCAUGCUGCACCUGUAUGCAUGGUUAUCAACGAGUUAAGACAACAUUGUUGACAGUAACAACCAUGUCCGUGAGGUGCUGCACACAUUGCUGAGUCAUUGUUUGAUCAACCGAGAAAUCAAAAUGAACCUUCGCGUUUUCACUCGUCUGUAGUGCAGUACACAGCAAAAUGACAUUUAUAUCUUAGUCGACGUUGUCGCUAUUUAUCGUGAACGUUGCAUUGUAGGAUUAGGGUGGGGUCAGGGUUAGGGUGGGAUCAGGGUUAGAGUGGGGUCAGGGUUAGGGUAGGAUCAGGGUUAGGGUGAGUUUUUAUAUAAUGCAUUAUACUGUAAAACAGAACUAUAUGAUCCAAUUUACAAGUUUCAUGGUUAUCUUGGAGGUGCAUAUAUAUUCUAUUGAUAGUAAUUUUGAAUAUUGUAAUAAUUGAAUACUGUAAAACUUACUCAACCCACUUUUUAAAAUGCUGUACACUGAUCUAUUCUUAUAAUCAUUUUUUAUAUGCGUUAAAAAGUGAUAGAGAUGAUAGAGUUUGUAGUAUAGAAUUUUACUUACUCUGUGAUUUAUUUAUUUAGGCGAUAUUUAAUUAGAAUUUAGGCAAGUAAUUUUAGUGCCUUGACAAAUAUUUUUUAUGAUAUUAAAUAUAAAAU